AUGAGUUUAUUUCAAAGUACCCCUGAUGCGGUUGUUUUAGCCAACAAUAUAACUUUCCUCAGUGCCAAAGAAAUCACUGAAGAUGUGUUUGUUAAGAAAUGUCAUAGUCAUAAUGAUUAUUGGAGAAAAAUCCCAUGUUUAGAAGCUAUUAGACAUGGUGUACAAAGUAUUGAAGCCGAUAUUUGGGCCUUUGAUGAAGAUUUUUCCACCGAAUUGACUGAAACUCCUUCAACUUCUAAUGAUACCGUUACUACUCAACAAAACUUCAAGGCUGGUGAAUUAUACGUUGGUCAUGAUUUAUACUAUUUGAAUGAAACUUGGACUUUAGAGAAAUUAUAUUUGGAUCCAAUCUUUGAAUUGAUUGAAUCAGCUAAUCCAGAAUUUGCCGCUGAUAACAAAUAUAACACUGGUGAAAGUCCUCAUGGUAUUUUCUAUGGUGAUGUCGGUGCUACUCUUUAUUUAUUCUUAGAUACCAAAUUAGACGCCAACACUUCAUAUUCUUAUGUUAAACCAAUGUUACAAAGAUUCAUUGAUAAAGAUUAUUUAACUUACUACAACGAUAGUGCUAGUAAAUGGGUUACCAGACCUUUAACUAUUGUUAUGACUGGUAACUUACCUGUUGAAAUGGUUCAAGCCGAAGAACCUAGAUUUGUUACUUUAGAUGGUAAAUUACCAUGGUUUAACUCAACUUCUUCUGAUGAAACUAUGAAAGAUAUCGCUAAAUACUCAGUCAUUGCUUCAGCUUCAUACAGUCAAAUGUUUGGUGGCGGUAACUCUUUCAAAACCAGAAUGUUCAAUGAAACUGAAAAAGCUAUUUUAGCUGAAACUUAUUCCUUAUGUCACAAAUACGGAGUUUUCUCCAGAAUCUGGGACCAUGUCAACUGGCCAAGGUACAUCAGAGAUGGUCAAAAUAAAGAUAUUAUCACUUUAGGUGCUGAUUUCUUGAACAUCGAUGAAAUGGAUGUUGCCGAUGCUUUUUAA